UUACUCUAUUCUAGAUUCCACGUUUCAAUUUAAUUUCACAAAAUUUUUAGACGAUCCUUUAUCCAUUUGGUCGUUGUUGAAUGUUACAUUUCCGAUUAAAUACUCGAGCAGUGAAAAAUUUAGCAACAUGAUACACACUUGUACAUAUUUCGUAAUAUUAUCUCUUUCGACUUUUUUCAUGCAUAAAAAUUGUUUCAAAAUUUAUCCAAUAGUACAAAAUUGAAUCCACUUGUAUAUCUACAAUAUACAAUAAAUCACGAAAAUAUUCAUUAUCUUAAUUAAUUCGUUAACUCGGAAAUUCAUUUAAUUCUGAUUUUAAUUUUCCUCUCUCUUCUUUUUCGAAGGAGGUCGAAAAAUCUAUUUUUAAAAUCGUGCAACAAAUUUCUGCCAACGAGGUGUAUGGGACCGUGUCGAAUAAAGUUCGUUUGAAUUUGAAGAAACGUGUUGGAGAGAGAGAAAAAAAAAAAAAAGAAAGAAAAAAGAACCGUAUAUUAUAUAUAAUACACGAAAAAUGAUUGUCCACCAAUGUAUAUCUUCUUUGUGCUCGUAUGAAAGAUCGAACGUGUCAGUUAAAAAAAAAAAAAACAAAAUUGGAAGGUAAGUAUCGAGGGCGAAUUUCUGUUCCGUUAGAGAAACGAAAAGAAGAGAAGGGAAAAAAGAAAAAAAAGGAAAGGUUUGCACGCAGCAGGUUCGAGCAGCGUGUACAUACGGUCCACCUGCAAGAGGGAGUCCAACACCUGUCACGCACACAAACCACGGCCAAUGGUUUACGGCAACCAGGUAGAUUCAAAGUGGGGGGAUUAUCAGAGCUUUCGUUACCCCUUGGUACUAGUUUCAUUCGAACGAUCAUGCGGUUUACAUGUUUUUUAUUACACACCGAUGAAAAUGUGCAUACGUGAUGUAACGAAUCGUAAUCGUGCUCCCAUUUUCAAGUUUUUCUAUUAACCGGAUGUUAAAUGUUCUGCCGAAAGUGAACGAUCUCGUACCUUUACCUUCGGAUGUGACGAUAUUAAAAAUGUUUUGAGAUACGUAGCAUUGUUCGUUCGAUACUUAUGCGAUGAAAAAUGGUGAAAAUGAAGGGAGAAUCGAUCGAUGUUGAGAAACGAAUGAAUCGUGACUCACCGAGUAUGAAGGAAAAUAUGCAUAAUGACGAUUGCGAUGUCGAAGCUGAAUUGACCAGUCUUUCGUGGUUACAAUCGCUCGACAUUACGAGUGCUUCUAGUUUGCCAACGCCUCCUUGUUCUCCAUCUCCACCACCAGUGACGCGACAACCAAGGAAAAAGCUUUCACCCUUGAUCAAGGCCGAAUUAGAUCUAGCUGCAAAUGCCGACAAGUAUCGAACUGAUCCUGACGCAAAACCGCCAUUUUCAUACGCCACCAUCAUUUGCCUGGCGAUGCGUGCGAAUAAUAACAAAGUGUCUCUCUCAAACAUAUACGCAUGGAUUCGAGAAAAUUUCUUAUUUUACAAAUAUGCCGAUCCUGCUUGGCAGAAUUCAAUUCGACACAAUCUAUCGUUGAAUAAAUGUUUCGUCAAGUUACCACGUUCGAAAGAUGAGCCAGGCAAGGGUGGUUUCUGGAAAUUAGAUUUGGAGAGAAUGGAGGAAGGUAGAAAAUCGAAACGGCGGGCAACCAUGUCCCAACGAAUUCGUGGAUCGAAGAAAUUAACGUCUGGAAAAACAAUGGUAACGAACGAUGCACAAAGCAAUUGUGCUCCAUCGAUCAAUUGUCCCUCCACCUUGUACGAGACUCCGCCCAGUAGCGUAUCUCCUCCGAUUCCGGAUUGUCUCUCAGAAAUUCCUGACUCUACGCAAGUCAGUUUAAGCGAGGACGAUCUAACCGGUUUGUUGAUCGCUACCGCGGGUUGGGACGAGAAUCAAUUGGAUCUCUUAGAUUCCCUUCUCGACACUCUGUAAAAACGACCCUCUCUCCUAUUUAUGCGAACUCAAACACGUUUACUUACGUUUAAUUUCCGCGACUUCUCGUUCACCCGGAACAAAUUGUACGCAGCUCGGUCGAUAAGUAAGUUAUUCCUUCUCCUCCAACGUACCGCGCUCUAAAAAAUAAAGAUAGAAAAAUUUUUCUUGAAUAGAUGCAACGUUCCAAAAUUCGAUACAUAGAUUCUACAAGAGGAAAACAAAUCGUUCUCACCGUUUUAUGCACCUCAGAACGCAAGGUUGAGACAAUAUCGGGACGCAAAAUUGUUUAAAGAUGCGAUACAUAAAUUAAUUCCUUGAGAAUUAAUAAUUCGAAUGUAAGUUUUUUGUUAGUGACAUUUUUCUUUUCUAUUGUAUUAAAAGGAGAAGGGGGAAAUUUACUUACUGACCGACUCACGUACAUUUCCAAAGCUUUUCCUCGAUGUGAAACGAAUUUAAAUACAUAUAUAUAAAAUAUAUAGAAAACUGGAGCCAACUUUACAAGAGUCUGUGUAUUCAAUGAUUUACAAUAUUUGCAAUCCGAUAUUAGAAUUAAUUUCUAAUACGUCAUCUCGAGAAGUUUGGUUUAAAGUUCAAAGUAAAUAUCGUUGCGAAACGUAUCGACGGCUGACCGAAAUAAAACUUGGCUACUGUGCAUAGCGUAGCGCUAUAUAUAUUUUAAAAAUGAUACAGCGAACCGGGGCAACGGAAUAAUCCGUUAUUUUAAUCGAACAAUGCUGCACGAUCUUUCGACCAACGUGUUUAUUUUUCCGUGUUUAUUUUUUAAUCGAUCGUCGCAGUUGCGGAGAAUAAUCAAUUAGAUUUCGAAUUUCCUUCCCUAAUAAUUUUUCUAGCUUUCUGCAAAAUGAGUUAGAUUUUUUUUUUUGAAUUUUGUUCGGCUUUUUAUCUUUCCAACGAUCGUCGAAUUUAUUUAUGGGAUUUAUCGUUAUUUGUCGUAAAAAAUUCUAUCUAGAGAUACUUUAUUCGUUAAGAGUUAGAGGAAUAUAAAUCGUGUACACGAAAUAUUUAAAUCAUUAAAUACACAGGAUAACCGGUAGUGCCCUUUUUCUGGAUAAAUAAUUAAAUUUUAGUUAUAAAAGUUCAGUUUCGAUUUAAUUUGAUACCUAGACUUUUAACAUUACGUUACUCAAUUAAAACAAUGGUAAAUAUGUCGAUUUUUUUAAAAAAUGUGAAAAAAUGAAGAAAUCUAUUAUUUUCUCCAAUUCAUUUAAAUUAAUUUGCACGUUGAUCGAUAAUAAAUUUUAGAGGAGAGCAGAAAAAUUGAAAAAAGAUAUUAAUCGAAAUGUAUAUAAAAUGUUUCAAUUAUUUUAAAUUAAUUUAAAAAAAAAUGAUAUUUACUUAUUCAGCAAUAAUUAUUACUGUUGAAAUAUUUGUUAAUACGGAGACAUGAUUUUCGCUUAUUACUUGACUGAACAUAUUAUAUAUGUAUACAUAUAUACAUAUAUAUAUAUAGAGACAAAAAUUUUAAUAAAUCGAUAAGUUAAUAAAAUACUGUGUACUGAAAAGUAAUUAUAAUAUUUGUGACACAGUAAUUUGCAGUGUGCCUUCGAAAUAAUAAUAAAAAAAAAUAAAUAUUUAUGAUAUCGUACAUUUGCCAACUCCAUUAAUUCGUGCAGAGUAUAUUUCGUAUUCCUGCUUUAAAAUAAUAAAAUACAAAGUGCCUUAUAAGUAUUAUCCGCAAAAAAGUUAUUAUUACUUUAAUUCUUAAUAUUAUUCCGGAAAAUUGUCAUACGUUGCAGACAAUAAUAAAAUACGAUUCGACGCCACUCUCCGACAAUUUACAAUUUAUUUACCAAUGUUUUGUCGAUCGAUGAAAUAAGAUAAUAAUAUUAUAAACGUGAAAUAAUCAAACGAAAGACAACAAAUAAUUGUUAAAUCGAUAAAACAGUGAGAAAUUAUGUAAUAGAUUUCAAUAAAUGAUAUGAAAAGGAAAAAAAAAAAAAAAAAGAAAAAAAAGAUGUCGGAAAAUUGUUUGCAAUUUGUAAUACUUUUCUGAAACGAUGAGUUUUCGUAAUUGUGCAAGAUUAUAUAUAUUUACAUAUGUAUGUGUGUCGUCAUAGAAGGCUAAUAUGUGAAUUAAUCGUUGACAAAUUGAAUUUUUUUUUUCCAAAAAAAAGUAUUAUACCCGCAACGAUGGUUGCGGCGAUGAUUUAUAUAAAUGAAAAAUACGAAUGAAUUUUUUUAACUUAAGUAAAAAACGAUUAAUUGAUAUAUUUGUUACGUAACGUAGACGUAGAAGUUAAUUUCCGUCCAGAUAUCGUUUGCAAUAUUUUAUAAAAUAAUUGUACAAUACGUCUCGUAUCUUUAUCGACGUCUCGUUCUUUUUGUCCUUAAUUUAUUAGAAAGAAAGGAUAUUAUCGAGUAAGUAAGUAUAUUAUAGUAUAGUGUUCAUAAAAAAAUAUGCACGUGAUUUUAAUAAUUAUGCACCGAAACGAUCGUAACUAUUAAGAAUCACUUUGUAUGGAUUGUAAGUGAAAUGUAGGAAUACACCAAAGAAUAGUAAAUACUUUGCAUAUGGAUGUUUUAUUAAAGACAACGAGUUAUUGACGAAGACGCGAAACUUCCAUUGUAUAACUUAUAUACAUAUAUAUAUAUAUACAUAUAUAUAUAUAUCUAUCGUGGAUUUUAAUAUAUUUUAAUAAUAUUAUUUGUAAAUAAAUUUUUUUUUUUCCUGUUUUAAGUUUCUACAUUCGAAAUAGAGAUACUUCUCGAAGGUACGUGUAAUUUAUCUUUAUAACGGCACCUCGUUUUUCCACGCGAGCUCGAAAUAAAUUCAAAUUAUACAAAUAUAUUUGCAAUUUGAUAUUUAAUAUUUUAAGUUUUAUAAAAUGAAUUUAAUCGAUAAUUGUGUUAUGUACACUUAAGUAUAUUGCAUCAAAUAAAAACAUUCCCGUAAUACUUGUUUUCGUACACAAUAUUUAUUUACGAGAUUAAUGUAAUGUAUUUUCCAAGAGAAAAAAUAACAAUAAGAACGAUGUGAAUAAUAAUUUUUGUAUCGAAUACACGGUUACCUGCAUUACCCGUAUCGACAGAAUCCUGAUAUUUUAUUCUCUACGUUUUUUGCAUGCAGGGAUAAAAUCAGAACGUAAAAAUAAAAUUUCAUAUCAAUUUUAAUAUCGAUAAUCCGUAGAAAAAUCCGAAAGUAAGUUUUCCAAGAAGAAAAAGUUGUACAAUUUUAAAUGGAAAGACGAGAAAGAUAGAAUUUGAUUCUACGAUUUUACGAAUUUAUAGUUAAAUUGAUUAAAAUGCAAGGAAAAUUAUUAAAAAAACUGUGGAUAUAUACGAUUAUAAUUGUGUAAUGGAAGGAAUAGAUAUUUACGAAAUCAUCAAGUUAUCAAAAAAUGGGGAAGAAAGUUUUAUUAGGUAUAAAAUAUUUACACAUUUGUUAGACCGAACAACUUGGAAUUCCUAUGUUCUCUAUAAGAAAUAAAGAAGAAACUUUACUCAUCUUCGAUUACCGAUAGACUAGUUCUAAUCGAUUUAUUAAUUAACAAAUAUAUAUAUAAGAGAGAAAAAUUAAACUGGUCCUAAUCCUCUGGUCGUUUAUCUCAACAUCACAGUCUCCUUUAAGAGUAACAGAGAGAGUUUCAUACGAGAAAUUUUAUCGAGUAAAAUCAUUGGAAGCGAAACGAAUAUUAUCGAUCGUGUUGCGCGUGUUUGAGUUUGUGGGGUAUCGAAAAAAAGAUUGUGAUGUUGGAUUAUCUACGCGUUCCGUAGUUCAAAAUAUAUCACGCACAAUUAAGUUGAAAAAUAAUUUCUAAAUCACGACACGUUCCUUACGCAACUUUUGCGCUUGUAAAACUUACAAUAACACCGUGAAAAAAGAUUUUACGUACGUACGAAACGAUCGUCAUUCUUUUAUUAAAUACAUAUCCUGAAAUCGUGCGGCCGCAACUUAUUUGACACUUUUUCUUCCUUUUCCUUUCUUCUUUUUUUUUCUUUUUUUUCCCUUUUUCUCGCAUUUUUAAUAGCAGCAAAAAACAGUUUUUUUUUAGUUCUUUAGUGGAAUAAGUGGAGCGCUCGCAAAUUUCAAAUCAGUCUUAUUGAACAAAUUUCAAUGUAACCGAUCAAUAUCCUUGAACAAUUUGUGGAUUAACAAUAAUAUCACGCUCUUAUCAUUAAAUACGAUUAAGACGAUUCAUUGUUCCUUCGUAUUUAUUCUCUACUUUGUUUCACAAUUAAUAUUCGACAAUUAACGAUUGAUCAGUCCACUCGACAUUGAUUUUGUUAACUACUUUACACGCUUAUCCUAUAGGUAUUAAAUAGCAUAUAUACACGAGUACGCAUGUAUGUACGUAUGUAUGUAUGUAUGUAUGUAUGAUGCAUGUAUCCGUCUGUAUAUGUGUAUACGUGUGUGCGUGUGCGUGGUAGAUUUUCAUCAUGGUAGGACAAAUGGUUAAAGAAAUAACCAUAAAUUUCGUAAACUAGACGCGCAGAUUGAUCACACGAUCAAACGUAGUACUCGUUGAUAUUUAGCGCGUCGGAAUCGCAUCCCUAUACGCAACUCUCUUGGGUCGAUAUCAACGGUGUACGAACGGUGACAACCUCUCUGGUCGGAUGUUUGCCACUCAUGGUCGAAACGUUACAGUCUUGAAACGUACUUCUCGUCGACAGUGGCGCCAAUGUGAACGGCAAAGGAGGCGGCGAGGGAUCGCCUUUCAACGACCUCGUGUUGUGAUCUAUACAAGCGUAAAUCGUCGUUUCUCUGGUGCACGGUUUUCCGUAACCCUCCAGGGUGCUUAAACUCCCGAUUCCGCUUACGAUACCCGUCAACUUGGUGUCGGUUGCCAAAGUCGACAAUGCCGUUGGCCGUGACAGGCACAGUUCGGCGUACGUAACCUCGUUCGACAAC